CGGGGUUGAGGCAGCUCCUGGAUUCGUUGGAAGCAGAUGUUAUCUGCUUGCAGGAGACUAAGAUAACCCCUACUCCUUUUCUUUUCCCUUUCUAUGUGAUCAUUUGUAUUUACUUUUGGAAUAAUAAAAAUAGAUUUUGAAAAAUGAAUUUGGCUAAUUCAGCACGCUGCACCCCCCCACCCCCAAUCAACUGCACACAUUUGGAAAGACCCAAAGCAGAGCAAGGGGACCUGCUGGAGGAGCCAUUAGCUAUAGUGGAGGGCUAUAGCUCCUACUUCAGUUUCAGUCGCGCUCGCAGUGGCUAUUCAGGUGUUGCAACCUUUUGUAAGGCCAGUGCCACCCCAGAAGCAGCUGAGGAAGGUUUGUCUGGGCUGUUUACCAAGCAUAGUGGAGCAGUCGGUUGCUAUGGGAACACAGAGGACUUCACAGCUGACGAGCUCAAGGCCCUGGACAGUGAAGGCCGGGCUGUCAUCACCCGCCACCGCAUACACACUUCAGAACAGCAGGAGACUGUACUGACUGUCAUCAACGUGUAUUGUCCCCGCGCUGACCCUGAAAAGCCAGAACGUGGAGACUUCAAGCUGCGAUUCUACCACCUCUUGCAAGCCCGGGCUGAAGCUCUUCUUAGAGCUGGAGGCCAUGUGGUCAUCCUGGGAGACAUCAAUACUGCACACAGGCCCAUCGAUCACUGUGACACAGGAGAUUUGGAAUCCUUUCAGGAGCAUCCUGGGCGCCGCUGGCUGGAUGGUUUCCUGUGGGAGCCUGGCAGAGAUUCUGAGAACGGGAAUCUCUUUGUUGAUACUUUCCGCUUUCUGAACCCGAGUCAGGAUGAAGCCUACACUUGCUGGUGUAAUGUAACAGGAUCCCGGCAUCUUAACUAUGGUACCCGCAUUGACUACAUCCUGGCUGACCGUGCCCUGGCAUUGUUGGAACUGACCGAUGCACUGAUCAUGCCAGAAGUGUUGGGCUCUGACCACUGUCCUGUCCAGGCUGUGCUGAAAAGUAUCUGCUUGGCUGCCCCACGGUGUCCCCCACUCUGCACCCGUUUCCUGCCCGAGUUUGCUGGCACCCAACAGAAGCUCAGCCGCUUUCUGGUAAAAGUGGAACAGACUAAUCUGCCUGAGAAGGGGCAGAAACGGAGCAAAGCUGAGAGAAGUGCCUUGGGGGGCUUGAAGAAAAGGCGGACUGACCUAGCACAAAAAGGGCAAGGGGAUUUGCGUAGCUUCUUCAGAGCUGUGAACUUGGAUGCUGAGCCUAUUGAUGGUGGAAGGUGCCAGUCAGUUUUGAAUAUGGUCCAGAGGGCAGCAGAGGAUUCUGGGAAAGAGCAUCCUGUGGAGAGCGCUGAAAGGAUGGUUGACAAAUGCAAGGUGGAGGAAGCCUCAGGGGUAACCCAGGCGCCUGUUGGGAGUCCAAAGAAGGAACCGGAACCUUCUAAGGGUGUGACCAGUAAGGAAACUAUGAAUUGGGAGAAAGACACACUUCCCUCCACGCAAAAUCAGUCUGCUUUGUGGAAGUCACUGCUACCAGGCCCUGCACACCCACCUCACUGCAAGGCCCAUAGGGAGCCCUGUGUUUUGCGGACAGUGAAGAAACAAGGGCCAAAUUGUGGACGACGCUUCUUCGUUUGUGCCCGGCCCCUGGGGAAACCCUCCGAUCCCCGGGCACGGUGUGACUACUUCCUGUGGGCCAGCUAGGGCACUCCCUGAGCAGAGAAAGGGGAUGUUGAGUCUGAUUUGUGUUUUGGGUGCUGUGUACCCCCAUUUGAACUGCCCACGCAGGCCACUCUGACUUGGGAUGAGUAAUUCCAAGUUGCUGCUUGAGGUCAAGGAUGCAGAUUUUUCUGCUCAACUUGUCUCCUUUAUAUUGCAGGAACUUCUGAGAGGACUCUUGCAACCUCAGUCCUCUUUUCAUUGUGCCCCAUUAAAAAAUAAAAUCUUUGUCAUUGCUGGGAAAUGACUAUCCUUUUGAGAAAGCAAGUUUUUAAAAACAUUUGAUAAAAUAAAGAUCUUUGGUAAACAAACAAA